CCUUCUUACGCUAUAACCAUGACUGACUCUGAUAAUUUUGCUUUAAAACGCUUUAUCAGCGCCAUCUGUUUCUGAACAACUCCAUGGGCUUAACUUCCCUUCAUCAUCUUAGAGUUCGCGCCUGUUGCUAUAAUACCGGGCUUGUCCAUGUCGACUUCUGGGACUUCAUCCACGUGGGAUUUUACCCCUGUUAUUAAUCUUCUCCACUCGUUUUCAACCAGCAACCAAACCGCAACAACUGUUGAACAUGUUGCAAGCGUAACGACUCCACUAGAAACCGAUGUCAACACCGUACGAGAUGGAUAUCAAAAGCUCGGCGAUUUUGGGCCCCUUUGGGAUUUGCUUUCCGGAGGGGACCUGCCCAGUGGAUACCAAGCAACAGAUGAUGCCCCGUCGAACUCGAGCCGCCUUCUCGGCCAGGAACAAUACCUUACCAAUUCACAAAACUCCAAAGAAUUAGAGGUCCUAUCUGGAUUGAGAGAAAAGACAACUGAGAAACAACAAAAAAUCAGAGUGCUACUUGAAAAGAAAAUGGGAGAAAGCAUCAAACAUAACAACCGCAUCCGGCCCCGUGGUUUUCCCCUUUCGGAGGCCUCCGAUGAAGAGGAUAAACCUCGCCCUCCCAUAGCUUUAUCAAUCUUACAGAAUCCCCACAGACCUGUCGUGAAUCAGCCAACUUCAGCCCUUGCUCCCCGGAUCCAUUCCCAGGAUCACAGGCUACCUACUACCAAAUCUAAUCUGCGUAUUGAACCUCUUCUCCAGUGUUCCCCUGUUGAAAGGAGGCUGGAUUUGAUUGCAAUACUUAGUGCUCGUUUUCCAAGAGAACGCGAAUGCCUACUUAAACUUCAAGGCUCCCCUACAGCUCAUUACAAACCGAAUUAUCAUCCAACGGGUGUUCAUGUUUUUGUUGACAUCUCAAAUAUUUCGGUGGGAUUUCACGACUGCAUUAAAAUGGCUCGCGAUGUACCCAUCACCGUUCGGGUUCCUCGGGUUCCUCUAUCCUUCCGCAACUUCGCACUUAUUUUAGAACGAGGCCGAUCUACCAGUAAAAGGGUUUUGGUCGGCUCUGACCGAUUUCCGGCGAUUGACGAGGCCGAAGAAAUCGGCUACGAAAUAAAUAUCCUGGAAAGAGUCCAGAAGGCGAAAGAUGCCACACCGCGUAAGAAGAAAUUCUUACGUGGAAAUGGGAAUAACCGUUUGAGUGGCGCCAUGGGGAAUAAUACGCAAGCCCAGUCCAGUGGCUCUGAAACGACAUCUGGACCCGGGCCGGAGCGAUGGGUGGAACAGGGGGUAGAUGAAAUUUUACAUCUGAAGAUCCUGGAGAGUCUCGUCGAUUCUGACGCGCCCUCCACCAUAGUACUCGCGACAGGUGAUGCAGCUGAAGCAGAAUACUCAGACGGGUUUUUGAAGAUGGUGGGGCGUGCGCUGCAGAAAGGGUGGGCGGUCGAACUCGUGAGCUUCAGCACUACCACGAGUCGCGAGUAUAAGCGGAAGGGAUUCCGUUCUCAGUGGGGUUCGCAGUUCAGGGUCAUCAAGCUCGAUGAAUAUGUUGAACACCUUCUAGAUGCGUGACGGAUUAUACUGGGAUUUAGGGCGGAUAAUUGAAUCAAUUCCUGGUUGAUAUGUUGUCGCGCAUGUCCUUAUGGGAUUGAGAUUGUCCCCGUUUUCGAUCAGAGGAUUGCAGGGAUUGUGUCGUUUCGGAACAACAGCAAUCUCUAACAUAGGUGGCGACUCGAUAUUUUGACAAUUUAUUACUUAUCAUUGUCAUUUAUAUUGUUAAAGAUAAAAUCAUGGAUCGAAGGGUUCAGGAAAGUCGUCAAGAUCACCUUCAGGCUGUUAUUAUUGGGCACUCAAUCCCAAGAUGAAUGGGGCGAUAUGCAGCGAGCGGUACCUUUGGUUGCUGGCAUAACUUCAUGGCUAGCUCCGGUCGGGUGUUGCGACCGUGGGGUUCAUUUCUGGCUAGAGCUUCCUUUCAUCCUUUUACAUGAUGUUUAUACAUGUACAAACAUCUAUGGACACAAUAGAUACUCGUGAAAUAUGUGGGAAAGUUGUGCGGGUAUGCCAUUUCCCCAAGACUACUUCUACAGUAUCUAUUAAAACACUAAUCGUUCUAUGAUCGUAUGGGAAAUAUCACUAAAUCGGCGGGUGUAGCAUGAACGUAGAUUCUAAUUAAAAGAUAUAUGUACUACAAG